UUGUGACAGUAGUAGGAGGAAGUACAGUGAGGUCUGUGUGAUGAGGAGGCCGUGGUGAGGAGCAGGAGCAGGAGACAGUGAAGGUGGAGAACCAGGCCACUGACGGUUCAUACUCGGCGAGCUGCGGGGCUCACUCUCUCUUCGGCCCGGCGGCUGACAGUGACGCUCGUGUGGCUGUGGACGAGGUCAACUCCGAGCUGGACCACUCUCCCACCAGCGGGGACAGAAGAGGAGCAGAGCGGACACGAGUGGAAUGAAAGCGGAAUAAUAAGCGAAGGAGGAUAGCUCUUAAGAAAGACGAGAGAGAGAGGGGGAGCGACAUCGCUAACGGAGCCAGCCAGACGACCCGCUAGCUCGGCUACAGGGAGGCAACCAGAGGAGGAGGUGGAAUCACCGGGAGAAGAAGUAACCCAGAGAGGAGCGCUAUCACCGUCCACACUCGGCAGGCAUGGCAGACGCAGACCUGGACUUCCAGACCGGUGAUGCCGGGGCAUCCGCCACCUACCCCAUGCAGUGUUCGGCCCUGCGCAAAAAUGGCUUUGUUGUGCUGAAAAACCGACCCUGCAAGAUCGUUGAGAUGUCCACCUCCAAGACCGGCAAGCACGGCCACGCCAAGGUGCACAUGGUUGGUAUCGACAUCUUCACUGGUAAGAAGUAUGAGGAUAUUUGUCCCUCCACCCACAACAUGGACGUCCCCAACAUCAAGAGAAUGGAUUACCAGCUUAUUGGGAUCCAAGAGGGCUACCUGUCUCUGCUCCAGGACAGCGGGGAGGUGAGAGAGGACCUGAAGAUCCCUGAGGGAGACCUGGGCAAAGAGAUCGAGAGCAAGAACGAAGCCGGAGAGGAGAUUCUGAUCACCGUUCUAAAUGCAAUGAACGAAGAAGCCGCCAUCGGCAUCAAAGCCUUGGGUAAAUGAGCCACUGCAGGGGCGAACGAGAUGCACUGGACCUGGGGAAAAGGAGGGGACAUUGCCUCGUCAAUGCUACUCUCCCUCUUUUCUUUCUUUUUCGUCUCUUUGGUUUUCAUACUCUCUUUUCUCCCCUGCUCUGUUCUCCAACCUUCCUACCUUUGGCUUCAAUUAGAGAUGAACUUGAAUAAAUAAUUGGAAAUUUGAAUUGUAAAAAACAAAAUAUUGUACAUUCACACAUGAUUAAACCACACAUCCAAGACCAGAUGUACAGAUGUAAAGACGUGUCGAGGAAGGUUCUCCAACUAAUAACUCUCGAGGUCUGCAAACACUGAGUAACUACCUUCCACCAGGGGAAAGAAAAACGUUGAUAACGUCAAAGCGGUUUUGUUAUAUACGUUCCCCUGUUUUAUCAAGGGCUUCAACUCUAGACCUGCAUUGUUCUGUUGAGGCUUGUUCAGUGCGUGUGUCGUACAGGACCGGACACAUGACUCGGUGUGGUCUCUUCUGUACGGCACUUUUCUUUCAGCGAUUCAUUUGAACAAGUCCGUCCUUCUGCUGUUGAUUUCAUCACCUGAAACUUGUCUAUUAAACAAAAGGUUACCAACAUGGCACACCGAGGUUCUUCUUUUUGUCUCACGAGAAAACAAACCCUGCUCUGAGAAUUAAGAGAUUCUCAAACCUAAAUUCAUUGGCUUCUUAAAAAAAGAUCCUCAGAGCGAGCCGUCACACAGCUGCUUGGAGGAAACGACUUAAGGAGGUUAAGUUGUGGCAGUUUGGUUUCCUUCACUUGGGUUUAUACCAGAAUGUCUCCAUGACCACACAAAAAUAAAGAGGACAUAAACUGUU